AUGGUGGAGCUGAAGGUGAGAAAUGGAAGUUCUUUAGAGCUGAGUCUAUCAAACGCUCAUGUGGUUUCAUAUAAGCCAAAAGUAUACUGGAAAGACGAAGGAUUCGAGGAAAUACUUUACACAGUCGAGGGUGAUGACAAUGAGAGCAGAGGUGGGGUUGGUCUUGUUAUCUUGGAUGGACAAGAACCAAAAGGAGGGUCUUCACUAAUCUCAGGUUGUGAUUGGAGUGUCAAGGACUCUGACUCUGACGCUAUUGAUGCUCUUCAGAUCGAACUGAGCUGUACGGCAGGGUUACUGGACAUAACCUAUGUCGUGUCUCUCUACCCGGUAAGCAUAGCGACAGCAUUGGUAGUGAAGAACAAUGGACGUAAACCGGUGAGCCUUAAACCGGGGAUAAUGAGUUACUUGAGGUUCAAGAAACGGAGUGGGGCUGGAAUUCAAGGGCUUAAGGGAUGUUGUUAUUGCCCUAGUCCUCCUUUAUCCUCUCCUUUCGAGCUUUUUUCACCUUCAGACGCAAUGAAGGCAGACGACUCUACGGGGUGGUUUGGGUCCGAAGAAGCAGAAAAGCCUGGGGUUUGGGCUGUACAAGACUCUGAGAUCACACUUCUUCAGAAAAAGAUGAGUAGAGUCUAUGCUGCUCCUCCAGCUGAGAGACUAAAGGCUGUUUAUAACACUCCACCUUCUAAAUAUGAAACCAUCGACCAGGGAAAAGGAUUGUUCUUCAGGAUGAUAAGGAUAGGAUUUGAGGAUAUGUAUGUUGGAAGUCCAGGAUCAAUGUGGGACAAGUAUGGGAAGGAACAUUACUUUGCAUGCACUGGUCCCGCGUCUAUGCUUGUUCCUGUUGAUAUCGCCGCCGGUGACACCUGGAGAGGAGCAAUGGUAAUCGAGCAUGAUAAUUUGUAA